AAAUUCAGACCCACUCGUCUCUCAUCACUCACACUCAAUGGAGACAUUACCAUCGUCCCCACCAUCAUCACCGCCGGAGAUUCUCGACCUUGACUCUAUCAAAGCUCUCAAAAUCCUCGGUAAAGGCGCCACAGGUACUGUCUUCCUCGCACACGACGUCGUUUCAACCUCCUCUUCUUCUUCUUCUCCCUUCGCCGUCAAGCUCGUCCACAAAUCCUCCGCCUCCUCUCUCCGCCGUGCACGGUGGGAAAUCGAGGUCCUCCGUCGUCUCUCCGUUGACUCUAAUCAAAACCCUUUUCUCCCACGGCUCUUAGCUUCCUUCGAGUCACCCGAAUACUUCGCUUGGGCCGUCCCUUAUUGCUCCGGCGGUGAUCUUAACGUCCUUCUUCACCGUCAAAACGACGGCGUUUUUAGCUCUUCUGUUAUUAGAUUCUACGUGGCUGAGAUCGUAUGCGCGCUUGAGCAUCUUCAUACCAUGGGGAUCGCUUACAGAGACUUGAAACCAGAGAACAUUCUGAUUCAGCAAUCCGGUCACGUUACCUUAACCGAUUUUGACCUUUCCCGGAGCCUCAAAAAACCCACCCGGCCCCAAUUCUAUCAACCCGACCCGGAAUUGAUAACCGAUCGUAAAAAAAGUCGGAGCUUUUCUCGGUUGAUCUCGCCGGCGGGGGAGAAAAACAAAACAGGGUUGAAGAAAACGAGAUCCGCAAGGGUUAACCCGAUUAAUCGCCGGAAAACGAGUUUUUCCUCCGGCGAACGUUCAAAUUCUUUUGUUGGAACCGACGAGUACGUCUCGCCGGAGGUAAUUCGCGGCGACGGUCACGACUUCGCUGUAGAUUGGUGGGCCCUCGGCGUUUUGACAUACGAGAUGAUGUACGGAGAAACGCCGUUCAAGGGGAAGAGCAAGAAGGAAACUUUUCGUAACGUGUUGAUGAAGGAACCCGAGUUCGCUGGAAAACCCAACGACCUCACUGAUUUGAUCCGGCGGUUACUGGUGAAGGAUCCGAAUAGACGGUUAGGUUGCCACCGUGGCGCGGCGGAGAUAAAGGAGCACGCUUUUUUCGCGGGUGUGAGAUGGGAUUUGUUAACGGAGGUGUUACGACCUCCGUUUAUUCCGUUAAGAGAUGACGGAGAACUAACGGUAGGUGGGUUUGAUAUUAGGGAACAUUUUGAGAAACUGAAGACGACUCCAUCAUCAGCUCCUCCGUCACCGUUACAGUCUCCGCCGCACGUGUGUCGUAAAAACGAUCCGUUUAUUGAUUUCUGAUCCACGUGUGGGGAAUCAAUCUAACACGUACAA